ACCAUUCGAGAGAAGUGACCGAACCUCAGUCACUGCUCCGUUUGCAAAACUGUGACAGAGUUGUGUUACCGGAGGGAUGACAGUGUGGCGAGUGUUGUGCUUCCUUGUGUUGAUCACACGCGAAACGAGAUGUGACGAACAGACCCAGCGAACGCCAAACUUCGUCGUUAUGCUGAUGGAUGAUAUGGGAUGGGGCGAUCCUGGCAUCUACGGGCAUCCCUCGAAAGAAACGCCUCACUUGGACCUCAUGGCUUCGGAAGGAAUGCUCUUCACAGAUUUUUACACGGCCAAUCCUCUCUGCUCUCCCUCGCGUGCUGCCUUGCUUACCGGACGGCUGCCAAUCAGGAACGGGUUCUACACCACAAACGAUCACGCCAGGAAUGCCUAUACACCACAAGAAAUCGUAGGUGGCAUUCCGGACGAAGAGCUACUUAUUUCGGAGCUACUGGAGCACGCUGGUUACCGCAACAAGAUCGUCGGAAAAUGGCAUCUCGGUCACAGGCCCCAGUACCUACCUUUACGACAUGGGUUCCACGAAUGGUACGGUUCUCCAAACUGCCACUUUGGACCAUAUGACGACGUCAGUCGUCCAAACAUCGCUUUCUUUCGGAACAACUCCAUGAUCGGAAGGUACUACGAAGAUUUCAAAAUCGACCGUCACACAGGAGAGUCCAAUUUGACAAGAAACUACCUCGAGGAAGCUGUGUCGUUCAUCAAGACUCAAUCAGACAGAAAUUCUCCCUUCUUCCUCUACUGGGCCCCGGAUGCAACACAUGGUCCGGUGUACGCUUCGAAAGAGUUCCGUGGCAGAAGUCAACGCGGUGUUUAUGGCGACGCUGUACAAGAACUGGAUGCAGCUGUGGGGACCAUACUGGACACCCUCUAUGCUACUGGGCAGGCUAAUAACACCCUUGUGUUCUUCACCUCAGACAACGGAGCUGCCUUAAUGAGUAAGACAGAAGCUGGCAGCAACGGUCCUUUUCUGUGCGGCAAGGAAACGACGUUUGAAGGUGGUCUUCGUGAACCUGCUAUUGCUUGGUGGCCUGGGAACAUUCCUCCAGGAAAGAUAUCUCAUACGCCGUGGACUGUGAUGGACUUGUUCCCUACCAUAGCAGAACUUGCAGGGAUUAAGCUCCCCCCAGGACUCGUCCUCGACGGAACUAGUUUGGUCAACCAUCUGCUGACGCGUCACGCAAGUCCACCUCCACUCAAUCAGGCCAUUUUCUAUUAUCGAGGAAACGAGCUCAUGGCUCUGAGAUACGGGCUCUACAAAGCUCACUUCUGGUGCUGGACGAACUCCUGGGAAGAGUAUCAAAAUGGGGUCGACUUCUGUCCCGACAUUGAAGUCAACAACAUAACGAGCCACAUUCAGCGCAACUACACUUCGCUUCCUGUGCUAUACCAUUUGGGAAAAGAUCCCGGCGAGAAAUUUCCCAUCCCGUCUAAUUCUGCAGAAUACCGCCAGAACAUUGGCAUCCUCUUGGAGCAGUACCACAAACAUCUCUCGCAUCUUGUCCCUGCAAAGCCGCAGCUCAACUGGUGUGACAAGUCCGUUAUGCACUGGUCUCCGCCAGGAUGCGAAGCUAUCAACAGAUGCCUGCCUGUACCACCAAGUCAACCACAUCUGUGCAAGUGGCCGCAUUGAAGAAUGAGUACUUAGUAGAACGCAGUUACUGUGUGUACUAUGCCAGAGAAAACCUGCACUAACCAAAAGGAGAAAAAAAUAUUAACAGGCUUACGUUAGACUACAGGGUACGGUGUUAAACCGACUGGUGUCAGUAAGGUAGUAGUGCAACCAUAAAUAUUUUACGCUGAAUAAGUUCAUAUUUUACGUGCACUUUCACACACCU